CCUGUGAGUGGGUGCUCUGGUUUGUUACGGGCUUUCUGCGGUACGCUCAGUUUCCAGCGCAGUGAAACCAAAACCACAGAUCCACCCCCCGCGCUCCUCCGCUUCCGAUCUUGGCAAUGGUACAACCAGCCCCGGGUACGAGCUGCACCUCCUACCCCCUUUGCUGAUAGACUACUUGGUACGUUCUGCUAGCCUGGAGUCCCAGCCAGCCCUUCCCGAGCGAUAGCUGGGAGAGAAUCAGACGGAGAGACAGACGGAGGAGCCCCUCAGCUGGACCACUCCCUGGAAAGAUGAGAAGCUCGCAGGGCGCUGCGGAAGGACUCGCCUCUGACCUGCUGUGAGGGCGCCUCCGGGCCGUGCGUGGAGAAGAGGCAGACCACCCCUUUGGCUGUCGACUGAAGGCGAUGUCAGGACCCGAAGCACCCAGUCACAACAAGAGGCUGCCCUCCGACAUGGAAAAUGGGCAGCGGGGAUUAGAUGCAGAGCAGAUGCAGCAACAGCAGCUCAAACUACGUGAGAGGCAGAGAUUCUUUGAGGAGGUUUUCCAGCAUGAUGUCGAUUUCUUUUUUCCAGUGUCACAUCUGCAGAUAGAGCACAGGAGACCUCCCUUAGGCAGCAUUUCUUCCAUGGAGGUGAAUGUGGACAUGCUGGAACAAAUGGACAUGAUGGAUCUCUCUGACCAAGACACUGUGGAUGUGUUCCUCAGCUGUGGGACAGAGGACAACAACAACGUCACUCCUCUGCUGCCAGAUUCCAACCUCUACCAGGAUGAAAUUUCUCUGCAAGUGCCCAACACAGCUGAGAUCAAAUCGCGGAUCUCAUCCACAUCCUCUGCCUCUACGGACCUGAACAGCCUGGACACCAGCGAGGAAGGGGCCGAGACCCCCGUGGUGCAGUCAGAUGAGGAGGAGCUGCAGCAAGACGGCCCUGACGAGCAAGAGACCAAGAGCUAGCGUGGAGGGGAAGACUGUGGGGCUUUGCAUCCCCCCCACCAUAUGGACCUUGCCAGCAAGAGGUGGUGAAAGAGUGUGGCUGGCUGGCGCUUCGACCCCCUCUGAGUAAACCUGAGAGGGUUUGCAAUAAGCCUUCCCACUGCAAGACGGCCCAUGCAUGGAGAAGGCAAGAAGCAGAGGGAGAAUGGGGUGAGGCGAGGGGGAACACCAGAAUAACAACAACAAUGAUGAUGCUGGUAACUUUAAAAUCUAACUCUUCUGGCUUUUACAGCUAAUGCUCCUGCUUCACCCACCCUGACUACCCAGUUAGCUAUGGCCCCGGUAACUAUUACUGGCCUUCGUUCUAACUUCCAGUCUUCCCCAAUCCAGAGCGCAAACAUAUGCAUCCACAUAUAUUCAACUGGGACAUAUGGGGGAGUUCUAUUCCUUUCAGACGAGCAACUGGGGUGCUGUGUGUUAUUGGGAAAGGACCAGUGAGGCUUUCUGGAUAGGUAGAGUAAGAAGAGAGCUGAACUAUUAAAAGGAAUCUAAGCAGGAAAAAGCCACUGGGACUGGGGUGGAGCUGGCUCUUGUUUUUGUUUGUUUUUCUUACAUCCCACUCUGCAUUAUCAGACUGUAAAUGUACGGCCUAGAUUGGGAAGUUAAGAAGCUUAGGAACAAAUGGCUCACAAGAAGGAAAACAGACUCCAGGGAAGUGAUGCCUACUUAUAAUAAGACCUGGAUAAUUUCUGACCCUCACAGCUGAAUGCAACCUCGCACCAGCCAUGUCUGCUAACCCAGCAGGCACUUGAUAAAACCACAUUGCUGAUUGCAUGAGGUUAUGAAACAGAUGGGACCCUUGCCUGUACAUGAUGAUAGGGUAUAGUACAGGAGAAGACAAGGUGAUAACGACCAGGUGCUUUCAGUUACAACUCCCAUUUGCCCCUGCCAGUGUGGUGGAUGGCCAUGGAAUAUAGGAGAUAAAAUCCGGUCUGGAGAGCCUGCAGGUCUAGGCCUACCUCUGUUGUAAUACGUGGCUGGUGGGUUGCAUUUACCUUAAUGCUGCCUUCCCAACUUGGCACCUUCCAGAUGUGCUGGAUAGUAACUCCCCUGAAUCCCAGCUAGCUAGGUGAAUAGGAAGGCAGUGUAAUAGGUCCCACAACCUGUACAGGCCGGACUUAGGUGAAGCACGCCCUGUUAGCAGAGUAGUCAUGAAAUGCUGUCUGGCUAGUUUUGGAGUGACCCAAAAGAGUUCCCUUCCUUGGGGUGGUGGCUAAGAGCAAGGGAUGUGUGAGAGCAAUCUAGGGAUUAAAGUCUUUGCUUCAAGUGUGACUCCCAGCAGGAAUGCACAAGAUGGAUACAGGCGAGCUGCCAUCUCUUCCUCAGCCUUUUCUUCGGUACUUGAGGGACAAACAGGCACACACACACACACACACCCUUACAGCAACUUGCAGAUGGUUUCAGCUCUAAACAUGUGGAACUCCAAAUGCAAAGUCUUUUUCAUGAACAGUCAUCUUGAACACCAAUCCAUGGAGAAUGACUGAUAGGCAUAAGGGUGAUGUUGUAAACCACCCGAAGAGCUUUGGCUAUUAAAUAACACAGAAAUAAAAUAAAAAUGUGUAAAGAAAUUAAUUGAGACAGAGUUAAACUAGUGUUUUCUGGAGGGCCUGAAGCUCUUCCAUAAAACACAUGAGCUGCACACCGAAGCCAAGGAACUCACAAGAGGGUCGACAGAAGACUCCUGUGACUUGACAGAUCCACUGCCAGUCAGAGCAAGUUCUAUGGUCUUUUCUUCUUGUUCGGAAUUUGCUGUGACAUAUUCAGACACAGCUAUUCAUACCUAUAUAUAUUUCUUAGUUACCCUUGUGUAACAUUAACAGUGAACACUCUGUACAGUGACAAAAAAAAAAAAAAAAAAGAACCAAGAAGGAAACCUGCAUAGGAAAUGGAAUCUAUUACUCUAGAGAUGGGGAAUGUAUGACUCUCAAGAUAUAAUUGGACUCCCAACUCUCAUCAGAUCCAGUCAGCAUAGUCAAGAAUGAUGGGAGUUAUAAUUCCAGCAACACUGGGGGUGGGGGGUGGGGGGUAGGCACAGGUUUCCCCAGCCUUAUACUGAAUGAAGGAAAAGUCCCCCAGGACCAAAUGAAUAUAGGAGGGUUGCUUCCAAAUAGAUAGUGCCUGAUAGCACUCAUCAAAAGGCUUUGUAUAGCAACACUCUCUUUCCUUCCUUAACUAAUUUUAUUCUGGUAAAAAAAGAUGGAAGUAGUAGGGAAACACAGCAGGGCUACAAAUACAGUAUGUCUGAACCCUCAUAAAAUCGGGUGAAUGAUGAAGCAAGGUGAUUGCAUCAUAAAAACCUCACCUUGAAGUACCUGAAGUCUGAAUAUUCAUAACUCUUUAGAUAAUACACCCAGUGGCUUUUAUCUCUUGAUAGCUUCACUAUGGGAAGUUACUGCAUUCCUGGAUGGAACAUUGUCUUUUACCUGUGGCUAUAGCAUUUAGUCAAUUAAUUGGUUAGAUUAAUCGAUUAAAACAUUUUGACUAACUCAAAUUUUUAUUGCAUUGAAAGAUGAAAAAGUCAAUGAAUGGCAUCACUUCAUGAUCAUAAGCUAUCUGUUAUAUGUGUGUAAUAUGGAUAGAAAAACCGUAUGUGCAAUAUUGUAUCAGAACACUGAAUGAUUUCUGUAUAACUCUUUUAAUGGAGCACUUAACAAAAUCUAUCUUAUCCCCAAGUCAACUUUAAGACAGGUAAUUUUGUCAGUUUACAGAUGGGUAAUUGUGCUGAGAAACAGUGACUGCACAUAAUAUUAAGCCAUAAUUUAAGCUAGCUAUGGUUUGUUGCUUUUACCAUGAAUUGACUUGCAGGUAAGCAAACAAACUGCAGAAUGUUUUCCUUAUUUCUGCUUUGUUUCUCUCCUACUCAUUUCACUCACUUCAGAACAGUUUGUUAUUUUUUAUUUAUUCAACUUGUAUUCCACCACUAUACUAGUUCAAAGACUAAGUGGAAUAAGUUUCAUUUCCAGACUGCUUUUGCUUUCUACCUCUGUCUCACAGGUAGAAAGCAGCAUAAAUAAGCCAGGGCCAAGUCAUGGUUCUGGGUUUAAGCACCACAACAUGCCAUGAUUUAAAUCAGAUUUCAUAAGCUAACAGCAAAUAGUGGUUUCUGUGAUUUGCAGGUGGUUAACCAUGGUUUGUUUCUGGAGAUGGGUUCAGACACAACAAUCCAUGUUUCAACUAAUCUUCCCAUGGCUUUGCAUUUUGUGUGAACCAAGCUUCUGAGUUACCUAUUAUUAUUCCCAGCUGAGGUCCCAAGCCUGAGUUAAAUGCAACCUUCUCUGCAACCUUUGCAAAUUGAAAAUUGUCUAUCACUGAGGGUCAUUUCAGACACUGCAAAUCUGCAACACAGAAAAUGAAGCGGCACACCAAUCUUGCCAAGUUGACAUGUGUCAAGGAGCCGUGGCUGAUUACAGUUUACCUGUAUGUGUGCACACUGAAAAAAGAUAUUUAUUCAGUCUUCACACAUGAUAGUCAUGUAGUCUGCAUGUAUUUCCCACACUGAAAACAGACGUGGGAAAUUACUAACAUCAGAAGCAGCUGUCAGGUCAUGUGAAAGCCUCUGUCUACAAUCAAGCACACAGGUAGCAACCCUGUUUCAGUGGAAAAACAAAAUUGCACUGACUAUGAGAGUGGAAAAGAGCCUGAUUUAUAAAUAACCUUGGGCCAGCCCAGUUUCUGGGGAGCUCCCAGAAGCUGCCUGGCAUUGGCACUAACUCAACCCUCUUAGGUCUCAGCUACAAAAUCCAGUACUGCAGCAUUCAUCCAGGUGCAAAUGAGUCAUGCUGUACUUGCAAACCCAGCUCUGGCAAUUGCUUUUCAGAAGGAGGCUGAAUACAGAGGGGAGGACUAAAAGGAGGAAGUGACUCAGGGAACAGGUGGGUGGGGAGGGAAUCCAAUGCUAGAGAUCUGGUAGCCACAGAGAGAACCCACCCUAAGCAAUGAGAAAACCAGUGGAAAAAUACAAGCACUAAAAGGGUGAACUACAAAGGCAGAACACAAAAUGUAACUACUUUGCCGGAAAACUCCAGACAGGAACCUUGUGGGAGAGCUGAGCGCACUGGUGCAGAAAAGGAGCAGUCUUGCACCGUCUUAAAGACUAACAAAAAUAUCAUGGCAUAAGCCUUUGUGAGUUCAUGUCCUCUUCACCAGAUGCGUCUGUAGUUGUGUGCCCGCCCUCUCCAAGGUAGCACCCUCCGGAUGUUUUGUGCUACAAUCCCCAUCAGCCCCAACCAGCAUGGCCAAUUCUGACCACUGUAGUCUAAAACAUCUAGAAAGCACGAUAUUGGCAAAGGCAGCCACGAGGGGGAGGGGGAGGACAUGUAAACACUGGAUUCAAGUAGCAAUGAAAUGCAGCGAAGGACAAUUCAAUUUACAAGUGAAGAUAAACUAGGCUUAACAUUAAAUUAGGGUGCUGUAAGCUGUGCAGAAGAGGGAAUUUGAGCAGAUGUAGUUACUGCCGCGAAAGUUACACAACUGCUACAGAGAAAGGAGCACUGCCCUCUUUUGGACAGAAGACGUCUUCUGCAUUUAACUUGCAGUGUUUUUUUUUGCAAGAGGAGAGGUUGUUGUUUAAUGCUGGCAGCAGUGUGCGUGUGGUGAGGGGUUAAUGUUUUCUACCUCUGCUGCUGUACUGAGAAAAAUCCCUCCGCCAAACAUGAGUUUCUUCGUGAAAGAAAUCCUCCAUUGGUGCCAGCACAAAGUGCAGAGGACAGAUUUUCCGCAAGAUGCUACAAAGAAAGAAAUCAGGAGUGGGGAAGGAAGAGCACUUGCUCUUGCAGAAGAGGCAUAGCUCAGUGACCAAGGACAAGGGUUCCACAGAAAAGGCGCCAAGACCAAUCCCUGCCAUCUCCAGGUAUGGAUGGAAAAGGAUCCUGUCUGAAAUUCUGGAGAGCCGCUGGCAGUUGGGGUAGACCAUGGAUAGGCAAUUGUGUGCUCUCUAAAUGUUGGGAACUACAACUCCCAUCAGCUUCAGCCAACUUGACCAGCGAUCAUCAAUUAUAAACUUCUGGAGGGCACCAGCUUGCUAACACUUGAACCCCUGGACAGUCACAUAAACUAAUGAUCUGACUUGAUAUAAGGCUUUGUAGGUUCCAACUUUUCUGACUCGCAUAAAACCAGACUGGAGAGGUGAUGAAUCUAUGUAUGGAAUGAGCUGGCUCUACACUAGUGGGAAAAAUAUAAGAGUUGGUGUUAUUCUGUUAGCACUUCUGCAAUUGCCAGCAGAACAACUCGUUCAAGCAACACCUGGUCUAAAGAAGUCAUCAUGAAUGUUGAGAUAGCUUAUAGAAUGGCUUGGGAAAUGCCCAUAGAACAGCUUGUGCAAGCAGAACUGAAGUACUGCAUUUGACAUUUGCCUGAGGAUGAAUAGGAGCUCUCAGGCUUUGCACUAGUGCAGCCUUCCCCAAGCAGCAUAGCCAAUGGUCAGGAAUCCUAGUUGUAUUCUAAAACAUUUGGAGGGACCAUGUUGGAGAAGACUGUUCUAGUGGAAUGACACCAUUGCACACAAUGCUGGGAGAUCACACUGGAGAAAAAAAAUAAGUUGACAUAGCAAUAUAAAAAGCCAACCCAGAUAUUAUCUUAAACAUAUGAUUCUUGCAGAGAAAGAAAAGGCAACUAUUCAUCUAGUUCCUCCUCCCCACCAACACAACAUCUAAUAGAAGGUACCUGUGUGUCCUGAUAUCAGUAUGUUCUAUGUUUCCCUACCACCCACCACCUGAAAUCAAGACCGUGGAGGUGAGACACGUAGAAUGCUGCACCAUGAGGACAUAGGUAAGUUCUAUUAGACAUUCACAUCUACCAGCCUGGAAGAGUGGUGGCUGUUUUUUGGUGAUAGCUGUCCAUUUACAGCACCAUCUAGAACAGCCCAUACAUAUAUUCCUGAUAGCAGGGAUAUAACACAUGAUUUGCAUUUGCCGGGGCAGCAAGGGGCAAAUAUUGAACAGUAACUGUUAAACUGCAUAGGAAGAAGUGAGAAAAGCAUUUAUAAUCUUAUUUGAAUCAGGAGAUACAAUAUCCAAUUUUUAAAUGAAAUGAAUGUAUUCAUAAGAACUGUUUCAUCUUAUCAAUGCUGGAUUUGUGUAUAAUCUUACAUAAGUAGGAUGGCCAGAGACACCCAAAUUCCUUGAAUUACCGCCAAAGAAAAGUAGUACUGUAUAACAUAUUCAAAUAACAUUUACAGUGGAGGUCUGUACUAUGUUCUUUCAGAUCUAAACUGUGUCAGAUAUUUUUCAGCUUUUAGGGAGCAAUCCUAUGGCCCCUAGACAUUGUCUGAGGGGCCAUAGUACUCUGGGGAUUAACCCAUCUGAGACCAGAGACAACACUCUGGCCUCAGAAGGAAAAGAAGGAUCUGAUCCCCAUCAUCCUAACAAUCAGCAUGGAAACAACUUCACUGGCUACCUUUUGAGUUCAUAAAAUCAAUCUCAGAGAGGAAGAAUAGUGGGCAAGACAGGAAGGAAACUGGAAAUUCUCUUGCGUCUCUUCCAGCCUCCUUUCCUCCCUUUCCAAAGUGAUAUUGCUACAUAGGCAAACCCACCACCCAUGAAAAACACAAAGCAGAAGACGGCCUUCACCAGUUUUCUUAUCCUGAUUGGGUAAUGAGAAGCCUCCAACUGUGAAGACUUCUGAAAAUCAAAGGUGCAAUUGAUAGGACUGUGUUCUUGGACUUACUUUGCAAACAACUGCAUAGUUUGGGCAAGGAUCUCCAAAAAUGAGCUAUGUGUCCAGAUCACCCGAGUGUUAUCAUUGCACAAUCCUGUAAGUUCUCUUAUGAAGACCCACUCUGAACUCUUCUGGUAACAGUCCAUUGAGUCUCUAGAGCACAUUUCCAAUUCUGCAAGUAGUAGUCAAUAUCAAAUCCCAGCAGCACUAUCAGGGCAGAUGUGCAGGGUACGACUCGUGCGGGGGGCGGGGGGGCAAGUAGGCCUCCAAAUGCAGCAAGAAUGGCUUCUCACAAUUUGCAGUGUCUGAGAUAAUACACAUUGGCAUCUGAAGAGCACUUCCUCUUCCCAAUAAAUCAUUAAUUUCAGAUUCUAAAAUUAUCUUACUACAUCACAACUAAAAACCAGUGGGCCUGCUUGUCUGCUUCAAAUGAAGGCUGUGUUUAAAUAGCUUGAUAUAAGCGUGAUUUGAUGAAGUACUCAAUACACUCCAGCUUCAGGCUCUAAGAGAGGGUGACUGAGGUCUAAGCAAAGACCAUGCCUACCCUCUAGUGGAGAAACAUGAAUUCUGGCGAACUGGGAAGCAUGCUUACAGCCGGGCUGAUGCUUAAGGGUAGGCAUUGUUGGGCACCCACACUCCAGCAAGGCCCCCUGUAAGAGAGCCUAAGCUUGCUUCUCUUCAUCAUCAUUGCAAUCAGCUUGUUCACCUGCUUCUUCCUAUAGCCACUGGUGGCUGUGGGCAGGAAGGAGGAACAGUGGGCACCACUGCCUGUUUGCGCCUUGUCUCUUGCGAGGCAAGCAAGCCAGAUGGUAGCAAUGAGGAACAGGAGGAGUAGCUGCUGUGGCUGGCAACCAUGCUGGUACAACGGUAGGCUCUCCAAGAGAAUGGAUUUACUGCCCAAGGACCAAGCCUUAGCAAAUGGCCUAGCUAUAACCUCAUUAAGGCCAAAAGCCUAAGAAAGACUUACUAUGCUAACCAGAAGGGUAAGCCAUCCCCCAACUGUCCCCUGCUCUCAAAAAGCCUGCCAUCCUACCAGCACUGUUGCCAGCUGUGGAUCUAGCAGGCUCCUAUUAGUAGGCCUCUGCCGGGGUGUGAGCCCUUGAUAUUUGUGCAAACAUGCCAACCUUUGAUCCUGACCCUGAAAUCCCACUGAAGCCAAUGGGAUGCUAGAUAAAUACAUUUAGAAUUGGGAUGCAAGUCUUGUCCCUCUUCCAGUUAAAAUAGGUGGAGGGGAGGGAAGCUUCAGAAAAGAAGAAACUGAGUUUAACACAUGUCUAUAUAUUUUUCUUUCUUUCUAAAUUUAGUUUUAAUCAUUCAGCCAAGGAGGUUCUCUUGCAUUACUCAAAAGCUUGCACACUGCAGUUUGAGCAUUAAUUGGCUGCAAUACAAGCUAUUAUUUCCAUAACCGUGCACUCUUUAUUUCUCUACUGUAUUAGUAUGGGUACCUAACUUUUGAUCUUUUUAUUCCUCCAAUAAAGCUGGAUCCCCUACCUAUCUUAUGUUUUCACCACA